UGGGUUUACCAUGUGACAACGCAGUCUGCGCGGUCAGAGGAGUAUUUGACAUCCAAGUAAAUGCAUCGCUAUUGAAUAAAAGAUGCAAAGUAAAGAUUUGACAUGGGAGAGAUGUCAUUUAUACGCCCAUUUUAGAACUCCUUUCAUAGCAUUCUACCUGCUAUUCUAUUUGAUGCGGCCUGCAGUCAAUGAGAUUCGGAUAUGAAUGGACCCUAGAAUAAAACCUAAUAGCUCAAUGUUAGUUGACGCAUGAUCUAUUUUCGUCGGCACCGAUGAUUUCAAUAGGUAUCUUACUCGCACUCCUGGCUGAAGCGGAUUUUUUUCAGUUCAACAGCAUUUCAAAUGUGUCUACCUAUUAUUUAAAUUACCUCUAUUGCAAUAUUUGGGAAGGCGACUGUCAGCAAAACCAGGAUGAUGGGACCCAACAAGGGUUUCCCCAGUACUACACUGGCAUGCUGGCUACUUGGUACUGCAGCCUGGGUCAGUGCUGUGAUUCAGGGGACUGUAGGAUUACAAAUAAUAUCACAGGUUUGGAGAGAAAUCUUCAAGUUAAGCUCCAUGGGCAACAUCUGGCCCAGUCUGUGGUUCUGAAAGCAAUUCAAGGCUUUGUCAAAAACCCUGAAUCCAAUAAACCACUGACUCUGUCCUUCCACGGCUGCUCUGGGACAGGCAAGAACUUUGUAACCCGAAUAGUAGCAGAUAACCUGUACCGGGAUGGUAUGAAGAGUGAAUGUGUGCAUUUGUUCAUUGCCCCGUUCCACUUUCCUCAUGCCAGAUUGGUGGACGUGUACAAGGGCCAGUUGAGACAAGCUAUUCGAGACAUGGUUCUGCGGUGUCCACAGACUCUCUUUAUCUUUGAUGAGGCAGAGAAGCUUCAUCCAGGUCUCAUUGAUGCCAUUAAGCCUUACAUGGACCACUAUGAUAAUGUGGAUGGGGUCAGCUAUAGGAGAGCCAUAUUCCUGUUCCUAAGCAAUAUUGGUGGUGCAGCCAUCAAUGAGGUGGCUCUGGAUUUCUGGCACUCGGGACAGAAUAGGGAAGACAUCGGCAUGGAGGACUUGGAGCACCUUCUGCGGGCUGAAGUGAUGGAGGCAGAAGGAGGUUUUGCCCAGAGUGAGCUCAUGUCAGGCCAUCUGAUUGACUUCUUUGUACCAUUCUUACCACUGGAGUAUCGGCAUGUGAAACUGUGUGCUUGUGAUGCAUACGCAGCUCGUGGCCUUGAACCGGAUGAGGGGACGCUGGACGAAGUGGCCAAAGCCAUGUUGUAUGUUCCUAAGGAGGAGAAGCUCUUCUCUGCACAGGGAUGCAAAUCAAUUCCUCAAAGGAUCGAUUUCUUCCUGCCAUAAUGG